GGUAUUGAACUAGAUUUAGGUUGAAAUGUUCAUCACAUGUGGAAGUUGGCUUGUUCAAAACAUGUAGCUUCCAUUCUAAGCACGCUUCUAAUGACGCAUUAGGUCACGUGAUUCGUGCUUUCCUCCAAAUGGCAUUGGCUACACACAAACGCAUAAAAAAGACAUGAAAGCCUUUCUAGGACGUUGAUUGAUUUUUAUUUGCCAUCAAUCAGCUAUUAUUUAACAUCCACUUAAGUCUUUGGUUUGUCUGGCUCUUAAGUGGUUUACUUGGAAGAGCCAUUUGUUAACAUUCUGCAGCAGGGGGCGUAUGUGAGUGAGUCACUGCUGAGUAUAUAGAAAGGAGGUUUCUCGCGUGCAUGAGAGUCAGUCGCUGGACCACUGAUGAAUGCAAGAUGAAGCUGAUUCCAAGUCUUCUGCCGUAUUUUCUUUGGAGCCUCCACGUCAGCUCAGAGGACACGCCAACCUUUGGAUCUAAGAAUAUCCCAAGACUUCUGAGUCAAGAAGUCAACGGAACAAACCUUGUCCACCCAGCCUAUCAAAACCACACCGUUCUAUUUUAUCAUGAAGACUCUGGGGAGACAUACGUAGGAGGAACUGACUUUGUGUUCCAGCUUGACUUGGACGGCUAUCAAAUUGCUCAGGAAAUCCAUCUGGAGGCUACGGGGGAAGAGCCGUGGCAGGAGGGCCCUCGCGAAUAUGUCAUCACUGUCAUCGAGAAGUUUGGGGACAGUCUGUUUGUCUGCGGGACCAACGGACACAGGCCUCACUGUUGGAAGCUUGGAAGUUCUGCCACUGACAAGAUUGAGCAUCAGGAAGGGACGGGAAUCUCACCGUUUUCGUACACGCAGAACUCACUGUCCCUCACUGUUGAGGGCGAUCUAUACGCUGCCGCACCGCUGGAUACUGAUGGAAGCUCCUUACAGUUCAGAAGGAAAGCAGGCAGGAGAGCCAAAGUCUGGAUGUACGACAGUUGGGUCUCGGAGCCCACAUUUGUCUCUGCCUCCUGGGUGAAGCGUAAAGACGACCCCGAAAAUGAAAAGAUCUACAUCUUUUUCCGUGAAAAGAACUCUGACCAAAACCCGGAAGCUGAUCCGUGGAUUUCCAGAGUGGCCAGAGUUUGCAAGACUGAUGAAGGCGGAUCAAAGCGAUUUUUCCAGAACACCUGGACAUCUUUUCUCAAGGCUCGACUGGUGUGCGGCUUUCCAGAAGAGUCCCUGUAUUUCAACCGGCUGCAGGACGUCUACGUACAGCACGCCCCAGACUGGCGGGACACAAGGGUUUAUGCCCUCUUCACCAGCAGCUGGAACGCCACUGCAGUCUGUAUUUAUUCCAUGGAAACCAUUGAAGGCAUUUUUAACAACUCCACCUUCAAGGGCUAUGACAAGGCUGUUCCACAACCAAGGCCAGGAACUUGCGUACGCAACAGCCGCCUACUGCCGCUAGCCACCGUCAGCGUGGUGAGAGAUUAUCCCGAAAUGAGCGACUGGGUCCACUCUGUGCACUACACCAGUCCGUUCUACGUCAGCAACGAUAACUACACCAAAAUAGUCGUGGACCGGGUCCAGGCGGCUGACCUGAGCGCCUACAAUGUUCUGUUGCUGGCCACUGACUCCGGGAAGAUCCAUAAAAUUUUAGAGUCCGGAUCGGAACCUUUCAUCAUCUCCCAAACGGAAAUCUCAAAUCACUCCAGCAUACAGUCGAUGAAACUGGACUCUAAAAAGAAAAAACUGGUGGUGAGUUUCGCAGAGAAAAUCUCGGUGGUGGACCUCCGGCGUUGUGAUGAGUAUAACAAAUCCUGCGCAGACUGUGUUCUGGCUCGGGACCCCUAUUGUUCCUGGACUCAUUCUGGAUGCACCCCAACUGUCCCUGAGGGCAUUCAAAAUAUUGUUGAUGGGAGAACAAACGUGUGUUCUGCAACCACAUCAGUCAACCGGACCAGACGAAACGCCGCACCGCCCAUCGUGGAGAAUUUGAUCCUGCCCAUGGGUGUCCCUUUCUACCUGUCGUGUCCCAUUGACUCUUACCACGCCGUCUACACGUGGAAACACGGUGACCAGAGCAGCCCUUGCCUCCAGAUGCACUCCAACUGCCUGCUCCUCAUCCCCAGCAUGACCCGCGAGAGUUACGGCAACUAUGACUGCGUCUCGGAAGAGAGGGACCACGUCAAGGUGGUGACGAGAUAUCGCAUCGAGCAAGAUGGCCGACGUACCAAGGGCAACCCAGGUAAAGCAUCGGCUGUAGUAGCACAGACAUUGUGGAUGACUCUUGGACUUAGCCUUGCCUUGUUUUUAAACUGAACUACUGAGUGAAAAUGUGGCUGCAACAUAUUCACCCCGCAUUCAUCCAUCCAUCCAGCUAGAAAGCUCAAAGAAAGUUCCAUUUCUUUUUUUUUUUUGACUACUACUACUUUCCUACUCGAGGCGUUGGUGCCAUCUUGUAGCAUCUUAAGGCAUGGUAGAAAAAAAAAAAAAAAACACUAAGAUUCCGCUAAGAGUUCAACAAAUACCUGAUGAUAGAGUCCAAAGAGUACACAACAAUAAUAAUACAAAAUCGUAAACCAAGAGUAGGUUAAUGACAAAAUUCUGUGCUUUUAGUGGUCCAAAGUUUUUGUUCAAGUUUUAUCUUGUGUUCCAAAUGAUUUCAAGAAAAGUGACUAUAUUAUUAAGAGGACUGCUGUUAACUCCCAAGGCAAAUUUGAAUGGUUAAAAAAAAUUGCCAAGAUCAUGAAUCUACACUACACGAUAAACACUAACACAUGACCUAUGAAUUAUUCUCGUGUCUAAUUAAUCUUCGACAAGUACCGCACUAAGUAGCCUCAACACUACGCCGAGUUUGUUCCGACAGCGCCAGAAAUGCCAGUCUAGCAUUUUGCAAGUGAUAUUUGAAAGGUGAAACUGAAGGAAUGCCCUUGUGUUUGUAUGUGUGUCCUCUGUGCCCUCAGCUUCAUCCACAAAGUGAGUCAGUGCUCUGGAGUUCUUGUUCACAAACAGCGAGUCUCUCUCGCACAUGUUGAGACAGGUGGUUUAGUCCACAAGGAGCAGUGCCGUCUGGCUCUCUUCCAGCCUAUUGGGCGAGUAUCUUGUGUGCACCCCCCUCGAGAUCUCUUUGUUUUGUUCCCCACCACCACCUAGCUACCUACCUCUGCUGAAAACAACUCAAGGACAAGGAGGCCUUUGUAAAACGUGCAAUAAGACAGCCUUUGUUACUGAAACUUUAUUUCAACUACUGGACUAUCGUUUGGAUAUUUUUCUAUAGAUGUUUAGAUUAAUAUGAGUAUAUUUAUUAGCAAAUUACAUUUUGGUACAAAUCUUUGAAUUACGUCUAUUAAAGGGAAACGAAACCCAAAAAUGUUCUUAUGUGGCACCGAUCAUGGUCUUCUGAUUGAUAUUACAAGUGUGGAAUUAGAAUUAAUUCCAUCUCGGCCAAUAUCAAUAUUGGACAAAGAUGGUAGUCCCCUGAGAUGGAUAGCCUCAUCUUAUUAAUUGUUUUUCCACAACCAUAAUAUGAAUCAGAAAAUCUCCUUUGGGCUAAUGGUGUCAACAGAUUGUUGAAAAGAUUAUUUUUGCAUUCCUUCAAGACUAUUUAUGUUUUCAUUUAAUGUCUGGGCUCUGUUCAAUGAAGCGCAUGAAUCAACAAAAGGCGAUUUCUAUUUAUUUCCAAAAUGAUCAUUGUUUUAAUCCACAAAAUGCAGUGAUACAUGCGCUUCAUUUGUCAAUUGCAUUAUUAAGUCCUAUAGAUUUUGAUGUAACAAGCGUAAUCACAUGAAGUUUUUGCUUUUUUGUUUACAAUAAAAGCCAGGGAACCGAA